AUGGAGGACGCAACGGUUGUGUUGUAUCCAAACGACUUCGCGUAUUUUAAAAACACCAACUUUCAACAUCCUUCCGGUCUACUGAGAUUUAAAGUUAAGCCACCAGCCAACACUAGGCAAAUAAAGAUUCUUCAAAGUUUAUUGAAAUUCUGUGGCAGCAGUCUUCAUGGAGCCAAUCGAGCCAUCGAUUCUAACAAUCGUUUAUUGGUCCGACUAUUUUGGCUAUUAAUUGUCGUUGGAGCUUUUGUCGGUUGCUUUGUCAUGUAUUGGAAGUUAACAGGCCGCCAUCAAGAGGAAACACUUAUGACGGUUGUAGAGUCAGCUCGGAAACCUAUUCAUGAUAUAGAAUUCCCUGCCGUAGCCAUUUGUCCCUUCAAUCACAUUAACUGGAUGCGUAACAAAUCGGCUGAAGAAAAAUUUCUUCCGCAAAAUCCUACCGAACAGAUCAUUAAAAUUUUCCAUGACUUACUAGCCGCUAUGGAACGCUUGACUUUUAUAACACUCGAUGGUGUGGAAUUGUUACUGCGUAAUGCAUUUGUACCCAAGUCUUUGGAAAAUAUUAUACUCUAUGACUUGGCCCUUCAUAUGGCAUUUCGAUGUGAUGAAAUUUUUGUUUGGUGUGUUUAUGAUGAGACUCAAUUGGAUUGCUGCAAAGUAUUUAUCCACGAACGCACUGAAAGGGGUAUAUGUUUGGUCUUCAAUUCGCUGAUAUCUGAUGAGUCUAAGAUAAAACAGGUAAUUGGUUAA